AUGCCCUGGCCAGCACAUAUUGUCGCGAAAUCCUCUCGUCUACCAGACACGGAGACUAUCGAGAACAAAUUCUAUGGACUCUAUAAUGCCAUUCUCAACGAAUGUUUCCCUUCCACCCAGUUCACGAUCACACCUCAGUAUGCGACGUCAGGGGCUCAGGUGGGCGGUAUCGGCGCCAGCAAUUUUGCGAUCACUUAUGUCGUUGAGCCGCUGAAUCUGGACAGCCCCAUAUUUUUCAUCGAAAUUAAGCCUCCCACUCAUCUUGCUGCCAUAUCCGCUCGCAAGGACGCCGAAAAUCAGGUUCGAUCCCGGUUCGCACAACUCGCGCACCUCGUCCAAAUACCCAAGUUGUACGGAGUUAGCGCUAUAGGAAGACAACUUUCCUACUACACGUACGACAGGGCUGGUAGAACCGUUGAACCCGUUGCCAUAGCUGACUCUGCCACUGUCAUCGUGGACACUGCUCCCGUUGAGAGAUGGGACACGAAUAUCAUGGAGGAGGAGGGUCAUAAUAAGUUCGUGACGAUUGUGGAGGAGAUCAAGCAAAUAAAACGUUGUAAUAUUCUUUCGUCUCUUGAUCUGUCCGUGGCUCCAACGCCUAUCACCAGUAUUGUAGUUGGGAGGAUGUGGAUGUAUUAG